GCGGCGUGGGCCCAAAAGGCGGAGCCGCGAAGCACAGGGGCCAGAUCUGUGAGCGCGGCGCGGAGUGCGCCGCUGAGAAAGCCGGCGUGAGCCCAGACCCCGAGGAGCCCCGCGUCCUCGCUCGGCCUGCCUAGGCCCCGCGCUAUGGAGUUCCUCUGGGCCCCCCUCUUGGGUCUCUGCUGCAGUCUGGCUGCUGCCGACCGCCACACCGUCUUCUGGAACAGUUCAAACCCCAAGUUCCGGAAUGAAGCCUACACAGUACACGUCCGGCUGAAUGACUACCUGGACAUCAUCUGUCCCCAUUACGAGGAUGACACUGUGGCAGAGGCUGCCAUGGAGCAGUACACACUGUACCUGGUGGAGCAAGAACAGUACCAGCAGUGCCAACCCCAAUCCAAGGACCAGGUCCGCUGGCAGUGCAACCAGCCUAGUGCCAGGCACGGCCCCGAGAAGCUGUCUGAGAAGUUCCAGCGCUUCACACCCUUUACCCUGGGCAAGGAGUUCAAAGAGGGACAUAGCUACUACUACAUCUCCAAACCCAUCCACCACCAAGAAGACCUGUGCUUGAGGUUGAAGGUGACCGUCAAUGGCAAAAUCACUCCCAGCCCUCAGGCUCAUGCCAAUCCGCAGGAGAAGAGACUCCCAGCGGACGACCCGGAGGCGCAGGUUCUACACAGCAUCGGCCACAGUGCUGCCCCCCGCCUCUUCCCACUUGCCUGGGCCGUGUUGCUCCUGCCACUCCUGCUGCUGCAAAGCCAGUGAAGGUGUGUGCCACACCUGGCCUAAGGAUUGGAAUUGGGCUGAGGAGGCAGGUGCAGGCACCCUCACCUGUCUUGGGGGUCCCUCCCGAAGCCCCAGUCCUGGGAACCACUCCUGCCACAUGUACAAGCUGCCACCCAGCAGCCUCAAAGCUGGUCAGUAUUAAGGGUUUCAACCCAAAGGAGGUCGGUAGUGCCAUCCCUGCCUCCACCUCAAAGGGAUGGGCAGAGAAGUGGGGACAGUCCUUCCCCCACCAUUCCUGCCCUUAAGCCAAAGAAACAAGCUGUGACACAUGGACUCCUAAGAAGGGCGUUGUGGGAGCUGAGCUGGAAGGGGUCCAGGGUCAUGUGGGUGGACACUGAGCUUGGCAAAGAUGCCCCUCCCAGAGACCCAGGAUGCUGGGAUGACCCGACUGAAGGAAAAGCAAGACAGUUUCCUGCCUGGGAGCCACAGGAGAGGCGGGAUGCUUGGGCCCACCCGCCUCUUCCAUCUGUGGAGAGGCUUGCAGCCAGCCACUGCACCCUCCCCCAUCCGGGGGACAGCACUCCCAGAGCUGUGCCAGCAGGGGGGCUGCGCCAACCUGUGCCUAGAGUGUAGCUGUGAGGGCAGGGCCCGCGUGUACAGAAUCUGUAUAUAAAUUUGUGGUGUGUCUGAUUUCUACAACUGGAAUUUUUUUAUACAAUGUUCUUUGUCUCAAAUAAAGCAAUGUUUGUGUUUUUGUAA